AUGGUUAAAAUAAGACUGGAAAAGACAAAUAAAAAUAUUUCUAAACGUAUUAAAGUAAUAGAAGCAUUUGCAAAAACUUCUUCAAUUGACAGUCUUAAUCAAAAUAUUACAGCAUCAAAGGGAACAAUAUGA